AUGUGCACAUGCAGGAUUGCGCUCGAUGCCGAAAGGGAGCUGCUGAAUAGCCUCACGGAAAAGGAGCCUACAUUUACCCGAAUCUCCCAUGUUCUUACAGAAUUCCGCGCGGCUUGUCAGAAUGCCAUCCUGCAGGACUUUGAAGCUGCUCGUUCCAUCGAUGCUGAAUCCCGUCUUUGGGAGGCGCAUCUCAAGAUCAACACUCGAUUUCGCAAGCUGCUCUCUCGUUUUCGCGACGAGACCGUGAGGAAGAAGAAACCAGUAGAGAGACGAAAGCUUGAAAAACAUUAUCUAGAGUUUAUCAAGUCGAGCCAACGGUUCUAUCGGGGGUACGUCCAGCAAUUGUCGUCACAUUUUGGUGGUAUCCCCGAACUGGAAAAAGUGGCACGGAGGUUCAAUUUUGACACAGAUUUAUCCACUGGAGAUUCGAUACCUCAAGCGUCCGGAGACAUUCGGAAACACGUACUUCUGUCUUGCCAUGCGACCCUUAUUCGUCUCGGAGAUCUCUCACGCUACCGCGAAACCGAACUUGUUAGCAAGGUCCGGAAUUGGGGGCCUGCCAUCGGCUAUUAUGACUUGGCGAUGAUAAUCUACCCAGCCUCAGGCAUGUCACACAACCAGUUGGCCGUCAUUGCACUGGCAGAUGGCAACCAUUUGAGGGCCACUUAUCACCUCUACCGAGCACUGGGCGCGCAAGAACCCCACCCAUCUGCCAAGAGCAACCUGGAGAUCGAGUUUAGGAAGGUUAUGACUGCAUGGGCUAAAAGGGAGUUGAUCCGUCCUGAAGAUGCGGGCAUUCCGGGCAGAGCAUUGGCUCCUUGGUUUGUAUAUUUACACGCCCAAUGCUACAAGGGCACCGAUUUUCCCGAGCACGAUGAGCUUGAAAGCGAAGUGCUAAAUCAACUGGCUGUUGAUUUGAAAGAACGCUCCCUCGAAGGAACGUUACAAAAAUUCUGUUUGAUCAACAUUGCCGCGGAAGAUUUUUCCAGGAAACGCUCCAAUGAGGAGUCCGUAUCCAAUGCUCGCCUCUUCCUUCAGCGGAUCAAUGUCAAGACGUUUUUCACUUUGCUUCAGAUUCUUCUGGCCGAGGUGGAACGAUCUGCAGUCGAGGAUCCUACCAACAAGGAUGCGAAAACCGGGACACACAAAGUCACUGUAGUUGCGCGCCGCGUCCUGCCUGCCCUUCGCAAUUACAGUUCCUGGCUUCUCACGGUCCACAAUUUGCUGGUGGCGCACAAGGAGGAGAAGGAUACUCCUCUUGCUGUGCAGAUAACUGAGUUUUGGAAAAUAUAUGCAAACACACUGACUCUUCUCGCAUCGACGUUUGAUGUUGUCCAUCUACCCGAAGUCGACUAUCUAUUGGAAGAGGAUGAAGAGACGUUGUGUUUUGCACCCCUAAAUAUGGAAGCUACAACUCGUAGAUACUUGGAUAUAAAGGGCCAGCAGAAGCCUCGAAUGAAUGAUCCAGGGGUAGAACGAAACCACCCCAACAUCGAAAUGCUUUACCGAAUCCGUGAAUUUGUGAUUGAUGGGUUGGAUCUAGUUGUGAGCAAUAAAAUCCCCCUGGCUCUUGUCGACGAUGAAGACAAAAAGACGUUCAUUUACAAGGAAGAAGGUCUACCUUCUCAGUUCUUCGCUAGUCCCCCUGGCCAUCAUCACACCCUCUCCUCCGCAGGUAUUGGGCGGGAAGAUAUCCAACAAGUCGCGCAGGAUCCACGUAACGUUGCCGACACCCGAAGCACAUUUGGCGGCUCUCAGUCGGCCUCGGCGUCAUUGUCUGCCAGUAUGCACCGUAUUGUCGAGGGCGUGGAAAGAUUGGUGGAGUCAGACACGUAUGAAAGCGGUCCAGCAUUGCCUGAACAUUUGACCUUCCCACAGACUACCAUUCAACAGCCUAGCUCGAGCCACCUUUUUGAUCCCAGUACGGAGUCGAUUUUCCGGGAAGACAACUUUCAUCCCCGCCAGACUCCCAUUGCUCCUCCUGGCCUUGGGCCACCGAUUGGAGGCGCUGCCGCUUUGGUCAGGGAUCCAUCGUCCCGGUCUUACACUUCGCGGCCGGCGCUUCCCGCUAUCCCCAGUAUAUGGAAUACCUCUCUGUCGUCUGAGAUGGGUAUUACCUCGUCUCCUAGGACCCCACCGGGCCUUGGACAACAUCCAACUCAUAUGGUGCCUGGAAGCACCGGCAUCCCAGGCCAUCACCAGUCUUCCCAGGACGCGAUUACCAACGAGUAUCUGCUCCGCCAGAGUCUCAUGAACCAAACUCCCCUGCAGAGUUCCCUGAACGAGCCUGGCCCCAUAUCACCUCCGUGGAUGGGAGCCUCUAAUCUCGAACCGCAUCACCGUCUUUCCAGCCUCAGUUGGGACAGGGCGCCAUUGGAUUCUGCACACACGCCUACCUCCCUCGGUGUACCCAGCCGGUCGAUUUCGAGCGGCUUAGCCGACGUCUCAUGGGCCAAUAAUCCAUUCAUCGCCAGUAGCUUUCCAUCCGGAUACCCCAGUUCCGGGUUCAGCGGGAAUCGUAGAUCCGUCACUCAAUACGGUGCCAUUGGCCAGACUCCUUCCUGCGAACAGGGAGGUUGA